AUGUCCAAGCCGCACCCCCUCACGGCCCCCGCAAUCCCCAUAGCCCUCCAAACAAGCCACCUCCUCUCCCCACCUCCAGACCGCCUAACCAACACACCAACAACAUUAUCCAUAACGAAAGAGAGCAACACUCUCUACGUGCACCGUCUACGGCCCCAUGAGCCCUCCAACAGUCCCGAGAAACAGCUCCUCUUCACCGUCCUCGAGAAGCAAUGGCCAACAGGCACCCGCGUAAUCUACGCCCGCAACACCCCCGUCCUCGUCCUGCGCCGCGCCUGGUUCUCCGGUCUCCGCAAAUGGGGCGUCAAAUUACCAAAAGGUAAAGGCAAGGCCCGAGGCGCUGAUCUACUAGACGCCUCGAUGCCCUGGACAGACGGAAACACCAUUGGUGCGGGGCGCGGGUUCAGACUAGAUAUGAGGUUUCGGAAUGCACUCGCGACGCGCAGGAGACGAGCGACGAUUUCAACGGCUCGUGAUGAACCACCGCCUUAUUCGCAUGCGCCUGGUGCGGGCCACAGAAUGGCUAUUGAGGAUGCAUUGUUUUUCGGCUCUGAUCAGGAACUCGGGGUGAGGUCGGGUCAUGUUGCUGAUAUCUUGCCUGGGUACUCGGCGCGCUAUGGGGGUAGUGCGUUGCAUGAUUUGCUUGAUGCGGUUGAGUCGCCGCAGGAUCCUGCGCCGGCUUCUGUGGUGGAGUUUCCGCCGAGGCCUAGUUCUGGUGUUGAGAGGUCAAGUGCUGGGGCUGGGUCGACGGUUGAAUUGAGGACUGUGCAGUCGGCUUCUGGGACUGGGGUUAUGUUGGGGAAUCAUAAGGUGAUGCAUAUCACUCGGCAUAAUGCGAUGGAUUAUAGCAGGUCCAAGUCGAGGUUGAAGCCGAGAUGGGAGGUUGCGGUUGCAGAGGGGGUGGAUUUAUUGUUGGCAGUGAAUGUUGUUCUGAUUAUGACCGAGGUGGAAUCGCCGAGAUGA